AUGAGAAUUUCUCGUAGCGGCUUUAUCGUGAUCGGACUAACAACGUCAUUUUGUCUCCUGCUUUUUGUUUAUUUCAAAAAAACUUCUCCUGAUCACCACGUUCUAGAAACCAAUCGAGAGAAGUACAAUACUGAAUUAUUUAGGAUAACAUUUGAAGAGAACUCAAAAGGUUCGCCCAGUGAAUACUUUGUCGAUCGUUCCUUAGAUGAGGAAAUUAAAGAGAAGCUGACACUUCUGCUCAAAGGAGAAGCCUUCAAUCCUAUUGUGCGAAAACAUGUAGAAGAUCUUAAAGAGAAAGGUGAACUUGGGAAAGAUGUUCAUGUCGAGACUGUUAGUCAGUCCGCCAAAUCUCGUCUGCAGCCGAGGGACUCUGUACUGACACCCAAAGAACUCAAAAAUAUUCAUAAAUGUUUAAGCACCAGCAAGCAAGAUUACGAUAGAAAUUACGCCGCUUUUUUUGGAGGUGACCAUGGGAAAUUACAAAAUAUUCGAAGGACCCACCAUAAAUAUCUGAACGAAAAAACUUUGAUGAUAGAGGUUGGGGGGAACUGGGGCUGGGAUGCAGGGAACUUCUCAAAACUCUAUAACAUGUACUAUGUCAUACUGGAGCCAUUAACGCCAUAUACAGAUAUUCUGGAGAAAAAGUUCCAAGGAAACGAGAAAGUUAGUAUUUAUAAUAUAGGGUUAGGCUCUAAAACUGAAAGAGUGAUGGUUAAUCUAGAGGGUAAUAAUGCAUGUGCAACGACAAAGUUUUCCAAGAAGAAUGGAACAGUCCCCAUAUACAUCAUCAAUGUCAUUGACUUUUUAACGGACCUGGGAAUUGGACUUUAUGAUCUAGAUUUGAUGACGAUGAAUUGUGAAGGAUGCGAAUAUGAAGUUCUAGAGACAUUAGUGGAAUUUAACCUCAUUGAAAAAAUCCGAAACAUUCAGUGGGCAACUCACACCCAGAUCAGCAUCCAUGACCCGUGGGGGCGCUAUUGUCGUAUUCAGGAACUUCUCAGACGGACACACUGGUCCACUUACCAGUAUAAGUUUAACUGGGAGAACUGGCGACGGAGGGAUUUAGCUUAG